UGAUGAAUGCCCGAGAUAGAAGUCAGCAGUUUGAUAGCAUGCGCGACGAGCCCAGAGUUAAAAACUACGGGGAAUGACAAGAAGACGUAACGUUCGGCAAUAAGCCACAAAAUCGUUUGUUUAUGACGAAACAGUACCACCCGUACAAGACGGCUGCGCUGACCCAUACGUCUACGUGCACGGCCAUCACGUUCUCGACGUGCGUUCCGCGUAACAAUUUCCUCCCAGCGCUGCCCGAUCCCGUUCCCAAUUGUCGUCGCAAAAGGCAAUCUGAAUCCGAUUUGCUUGAAGAUGAACACGCUAAUCAAUUCGCUAUCGAUGCCAGCCAAAUGCAACUAGUAACGCCAACAGAACAGCCGAUGAAGGUGUCUUUUAUCCACGACGGACGGGACAUUACGAGUGAAAUCAUGUCUUCAAAGGACGAGGAAGGGCGUGGUAGGCGAUUGAUUGACCUGUCGGAGAUGCAGAUGAGAAACAAGAAGCGAUUCUUGUACUUGUGGCCGACUUCUCUGGUGGCAACGAUAACCAUUACUUCGUGGUCGGUAACUUCAACUAUUAUCACCAGCACUUUCGUUCAAGCAGUGAGAUUCCGAUGCGUGUCUACUGGCUAUCCAAUUUGCCCUUAAUCAUCACUGUCCCAAUAUCCUUAGAUUUUUCUCAUUCACUUUAGAUUUUGUUACUCACCGGGGUG